AUGACCGUGCUAAUGUGGGGUAUCCUCCUCGUCGUUUUGGUGGCAACCGCCUGCAAUGGACAGAGUGACAGGGUCUUCCCUUUCUACGGCCCCUUCCCAUUCCCCGGUCUCUUCGAGUACGUCGAUUGUGGCCAUGGUAUGCAGUUGACUUACAACAUAACCCGUGAUGGGAAUAUGGUGUAUAACAUGGAAUGCUGUAGGACAUUCGAGGAUGGCCCUUUUCCUUUCCCGGCUAUCACCAAGAUCCCGCCAGAGUUUACUAACUUCGUAAUCGACUUGACUGGGAACCCUCUUGCCGCCUAUGGAUCUCCGGCUUUUAAUCGUCUCUACGAAGGCUCCCAGACUGUCUGUCCCUCAGUGAAGUUCGAAAAGGAUGACCUCAGGACGUUUAAUAUGACUUCGCUGGACUCUGCUAAUAUCCAAUUUCAAGGAAAGAAAAUCGAACUCACUCGCUAUAAUCUGCCUUUCAGAGUGGACACUUAUCGGAAUAAUUUUGUGGUCAGUUUGGGAGAGUGCUUCAGAGCUUAUUUCCGGUUUGACGUUACUCAAGAAAGCACUGUUAAUAUCAGCUGUUCGACUGGUAGGACUGGUGAUCCUGUGGUCUCCAAAGGCCCUUACAGAUUGUCACAGGAUAAGCCGGGCGAGCCGUAUAAAAUUGAUUUUGAAGAUGACCGCUCCUCUUUCGUCGAGACGAUGAAGACGACGUGCGGUCUCUGCUUCGAGGUCGAUGAGACCUCUAUCGAGACUCUGGCAUUCUCUCAAGAAGGGCUCACUACCUACAUCGGCAAGAGUAGGCUGUACUUUGAGCACCCCAUGUUCCCUUUCAACUCGGCCUGAGACACUCAGGCUGCACAUCCUCAUUCACGGUCUUAGACUCGGGUCGGAACGGCGGUUCAUUGAUCGGCUUUUUUCACUGUUACUACCAAAACGGUAGCCAAUGAGUUUUGCAUUGACUCAUAUUGACAGUGGACACUAUGUACAAAAUAGCUCACAGAGUCACUUUUUUCCUACUUAUUCUGAAUCAUCAUAUGUCAAGUAGUUUUGAUAUAUGAGGUAGCGUGGGCUUCACUGACGAGAGGCUUCACGGCACGAUUCGCUUAUCCAUCAGUUAUCAUGUAAUCGUCAACUAAGUAGUAAGUACUUGCAGGAGAGAGCUUCUAGGGAUUUUUUCC